AUGCUAACGUAUAUUCUGUGGGAAUCUACAAAAGCAUUGCAGGUUCAGGAAGUGAAAGUUAAUGCGAAAUAUGAAGAUCUAGAUACUUGGAUGUUAAAAAAUGAUGUCCCUCAAGAAAUGAAGACAGUAGUGGUGAAAAUCAUAAAACACAAACAAGUAGUGGAAAAAAACUAUGCUGCUGGGCUUGAUGUUGAUGUGGACGUGGAUUUAGUAUUCCAUGCUAUUAUUGCGGAUGGCAACUAUUCUCUCCUACUCGAUUUCAGGAAGCAUUUCUGCCUAGAUGCCCUAAAGAAAGUAUUCAUCCUUCAAAAUCUACGUGGCUUCAAUUCACCAUAUUUAUUAUUCAAUGUUCUCCACCCAGUGAUUUACGAGGAAAAUAGCUACGUGGUUCGAGCAGGAGACCCAGAUGAUAGAAUGCUCAUCAUCACACAAGGCGUAAUUGUAUGUACAGACAGGUUUAGAGCUAAUGCUGCAACAGCAGUCUCCUCCUCAAUGAUCCCCAAGUCACGUUUCGAGAAAGGUGAAGUUUAUGGAGGACAACUUCUGACUAUAGAGGUGGACCACCCUAUUCCUAUAUCGUCUCGAGAUGUCAAAUGCCAUACAAAAGUAGAAGCCUUCGCUCUCACAAGUGAUGGGUUGAAAUCCGUAGUCGAAUGGCGGCCAGUGCAUAAAAGGUCGCGAUUGUUCGAUCAAUGGAAUAAUCCAGAACUAGUAAACAAGACAUACAGGAAGUUGACAACUACAAGAUCGGAGAAGUUAAUGCAGCAACAGAUGAAGAUGAAUCGCAAGGUAAACGAUAUAUCGAAGUGGCUGUCAAAGAAUAAUGUCCCUAAUUCUUUGAAGGCAGAAGUCAUGAAACACGCAAGGGGUAAUAACGUACUGGAAAAAGACAUAGGCGCUGAUGUGGAUCUGAUGUAUCUAUUCUCAAUUGAUCUUCCCUGGGAUCUCGAAUAUCUUUUGAAGAAGCAUCUCUGCAUGAGUACUCUUUAUAAAGUACCCGUACUUAAAGAUGUUGAUGAAGACGUGUUGCACCGCAUCUGUAUGUCUCUUGAGCCAGUGAUCCUCCCGGAGAAUAGCUGUAUUGUUAACGUAGGUGACGUAAUUCAUUCGAUGCUUAUCAUUAUAGAAGGUGAAAUUACAUCGACUAACCGGACUAGCGAAUAUGUCGUUGGGGAAGAACUACUGAGUUGGGCACUCCCCGACGAGUAUAUUUCCAAUUCCCAGCCUGCCACCUCAACCGAGUGCGUCAAGUGUUGUGCAAAAGUAGAAGCCUUUGCUCUGACAAUGGACGGUUUGGAAAGUGUACUCACCUACUAUAACGAUGGAAUCAACAAGUUUGAGCAGUUGGAGAAUAGCAGAGAUGGUUUGGCUGAUGCCAAGGGUGCAUCCACAUCCAGUACUAUUGAGCAGAAACUUGACCAGCUUAUCCAGCUCCAUGGUGACAUUCUUCAUCAGCAUCGUGAUGAAAUGGCUAAUCAGGGACGAAGAUUGGACGACAUGGCUGCGUUCUUAGCCGGAUUGGGAUAUUCAACCGUACCUCCUCCUCCUCCUGAAGCUUGA